AUGUCCUCUGAGGGGUUCCGCUUUAACUUCGACGAAGGCGAUGAUGGUGGUAAUGUGGCUUGGUUGCCUCCACCGUUACGUCGUAGAAGUCCCUCCGCAGACACUGGGGCAGUGCCCGCGGUGCUUGUCUCGCGGUUUCCCACGUACGCGUUGCGAGCGCAGCUGGUGAAGGAGUGGGCAGAGUGCUACCCGAAGGACCCGCGGCGCCGGAUGGAGCUUGUGAGUAGUGCGGCUGGGAAACAUUUUCCUCCCUUGCUGUACCAGCGUGCCCCCGAUGUGUCGGGACUCACGAGUGAUGGGGGCAAUCUAGAGCGGCGUGACAUUAUCCCUGGAAAGUACUACGGAGGGUUGAAGGUGUGGUCGUGUGCGCCGUACCUGGUGGAGUACAUGUUUGAGAACCGAGAUACCUUCGGGCGUCUUUUUGAAGUCCCCGAGAAGUGCCUUGAUACUUCCGCAAAAAACACCUCGCCGGAGUCGUUUGCGGAGAAUGCCGUGGUGGCUCCUCUGGUUGCCGAGGUUGGCUGUGGACAGGGUCUUCCUGGCAUUGCCGCGCUUCUCUUGGGGGCUCGACGCGUAAUCUUUCAGGACUACAACGAGGAGGUGCUGCAGACUUGUGUCAAGCCGAACAUUGCAGUUAAUUGGCUGCGCCACGCGGAGGACGCCCCGUUGUGUGGGCUGCAGCCACCAGCCCCGCCCUUGGUGCAGAUGGUCUCUGGCGACUGGAGCCACUUGCGGUGGGAGGCUGCCGGCGAUGGAGGUACAGCGAUGGCGCAUGAUGCGUGCUGCAGGGUGGUGCUUGGCAGUGAUGUUACCUUUGACGAAGCUGCAUGCGAGAAGCUUGCCGCGAUGUUGGACCGCGGCCUCUCCCCUGCAGGGGGGGUGGCGUACAUCGCCAGCAAGCAGUAUUACUUUGGCACAAAUGGUGGGGCGCUGGAGUUCCAAAAGCGCGCUGCAGAUCACGGACUUGAGGUUGCUGAAGUGAGUCGCAUGGAUGAGGCUGGUGGAAUGCAGCGACUGAUCAUGCGCGUGAGACGACGAUGUGGAUGA